AAGAUCUGGGACUUUGAGACAGGAACAGCUAUAUUUGAGUAUGGAGAAGCACAUAGUGACUCGGCUAUAAGCUGUAUGACUUUUGAUAAUACAGAAAGAAGGUUAAUAACUGGAGCCAGAGAUGGUGUGUUAAAUAUAUGGAAUUACAAUAACGGACACUGUCUCAGAAAACUACAAAAAUCCAAGGGUAAUGAUGAAAUCUGUGAUGUGUUAUACGUCGAGAUGAACAAGAAUCGGUACAUUAUAUCUGUAGGAUGGGACAAAAGAAUCAAUAUUAACUCUGACUGUCAGAUUGAUUCCAAUAUACACCAAGUACAACACCCUAAUAUAGUCUGGACCAUUGAUUUGAAAAAUGGACAUAAGGAAGACGUAUUGUCCAUAGCCCAGUGCCAACCAAACUUACUGACAACAGCAGGGUAUGAUGGGGAAAUAGUUGUAUGGAAUAUGACUUCCACAAAGGGUGCUUUAAUCAGUACGAUGACAAUUAACGAAGCCAACAUUAUGCUAUGUGUGGCAGAUAAUUUAGGAUUUGUAUUUGUAUAUAAUAUUGAUGGCUAUAGCUAUGCAUUGUCAGGGUAUGAAGAGGAACCUCCUGAACUGGUGAACACAUGGAGAGGACAUGUAGAUGGUAUAUCUUGUAUAGAGUUAGUAGAGAAAAACAAAGUUAUAAUGACAGCUUCUAUUGAUUGUACAGUCAGGCUGUGGAACUAUGAAGGCAAUUAUAUAGGUACAUUUGGUCAGCAAGAACAGUGGGACCUAUAUAACACGUCUACUUUCUGUCAUCCCAUGGUGCCAUACGAUGUACUGAUAGACCCCAUGAGUUUACCAUCUCAGCCAGUACUGAAAGAAGGAAGUAAGACAGAUGAUCUACUGGAGGAAAUUAAAAAGAAAGAAGAGGAAACUCAGUAUUACUUGUAUGAGUACAAAGAUUUUCAUAGGGGUCAGAAUGAUGAAAAUCAGUCUCAAGGUUUUGAACAAGUACAAAAGAGGAUAUAUUCAUAUUUGAUUAAGAUGUUUUUGUCUUCAACAAACAUGUUCACAGGAAGGGAGGGGGGGGGGGCACUUCCUAUAUACAAGGUGAUAGGACGUGCCACUGGAAUAGGUUACUUUUUCCAGCUUGAAAAUAUGAGAAUAGAUGAAGAAAACUAUCAGAAAUAUAUGAUAAGGUCGAUAAAGGUCCAAUUACUUGCAAAAAUACAGCCAGCAUAUACAUCUUAUGCCAAGCCACAGAUCAAUAUAGAUGAUGAAACAAUUGCUAGAGAUAUCAAAGAUCUAAAUGCUAUCCUCAAAGAUACAGGACUUGAUGAAGAACAAGCCAAUAAUUAUCACGGGAAAUGGUUGCGACAUGAUAAAACAAAGAUUAAUAAAAUAGAUAAAGGAGGACCGUCAGAUUAUCAGACAUUAAAAUGGUCCCAAAUUGUGGACCCACCUAAUCCAGAUUUUCCCAAAGUGAAAUUUGACAAGGACGAUCCUUUUGGGUCAGGCAUGGACUCUGAAAUGAUGACCAAUAGUCUUAAAUCUUUUACAAAUAAACAACAGGCUGUGUCAUAAUUAUUGGUCUUUUAUAUUGGAGAAAGAAUUUAA